CGCGCAGCUGGUGCUCCACCUAGCAUCAAGACUUGUGUUGGAGCCACAGAACAGUAAUAAGUUGGAGCAGUGGUCUUCCUGCUGAGGGCUGUGACGCAACAUUCAGCUGUGUAGCGGCAACACAGAGGCGACUCCCUGGCUGUGUCGGCAUGGAGACACACGCGGUGGCUCCAGACAUACUGGACUCGGCUCCAACAGGACUUCUCCAGGUGGCGUACCCGUCGGGCGUGGAGGUGCAGAUGGGCAACGAGCUGACGCCCACGCAGGUGAAGGACCAGCCCUCCGUGACCUGGGCGGCGGACCCGGCCGCCUUCUACACGCUCUGCAUGACGGAUCCUGAUGCACCCAGCCGCGUGCAGCCGCAGUUCAGGGAGAUCUUGCACUGGCUGGUGGUGAACAUCCCCGGAGCCCGCCUGGACCAGGGAGACUGCGUGGCGGCCUACCGCGGCUCUGGUCCGCCCAGAGGAUCAGGGCUGCACCGCUACGUGUUCCUGCUGUACAAGCAGAAGGACCGACUGAAGUUCGACGAACCUCGCCUCGGCCAGAGUGACAGGGAGGGUCGCCGCAACUUCUCCAGCAGGAAGCUGGUGGCAAAGUACGGGCUGGAGCCGGUGGCUGGUAACCUGUACCAGGCGCAGUGGGACGAGUAUGCCGACAUCGCGCGGGGCCAAUGUGGCCGUCCCGUGAAAACUUGCAGUCGCCUCUUGUCGCAGCUCCCGAGAAUGGAGAAAGCCGGGGUGGUUCCGGACGUCAUUGCGAAGGCUCCCGGAGAAGUCCUGAAGGUGGCGUACCCGUCGGGCGUGGAGGUGCAGAUGGGCAACGAGCUGACGCCCACGCAGGUGAAGGACCAGCCCUCUGUGACCUGGGCGGCGGACCCGGCCGCCUUCUACACGCUCUGCAUGACGGAUCCAGACGCUCCGAGCCGAGAGAAGCCCAAGUUCCGAGAGUGGCACCACUGGCUGGUGGGCAACAUCCCGGGCCACGACGUGGCCCAGGGAGACACGUUGUCAGAGUACGUGGGCUCUGGCCCACCCAAGGGCACAGGUCUGCACAGGUACGUGUUCCUGGUGUACAAGCAGCCGGGCAAGCUGCAGUUCGAAGAAGCACGCCUCACCAACAGGUCGGGGGACCACAGAGGACAGUUCUCCAUCAAGAAGUUUGCGGCCAAGUACAAGCUGGGUGACCCGGUGGCGGGCAACUUCUACCAGGCACAGUGGGACGAGUACGUGCCCAAGCUGUACGAGCAGCUGAGCGGCAAGUAGGCCCGACUGCCGCCGUCUUCCUCUGCCCUUCGUCCUGCGACGUUGUGUGCUUGUGUUCUUCCAGCGCAGUUACGACAAUAAAGUACAAGUGGUGUCAUCUUUGUA